AGUCCUUCCAACCCACACUGGACUGUUGUCACUCGAGCAGAGUCCACCAGGAACAGCACAGAGUUCAGCAGUCUUUGCUAAUAUUUCUGUUGCCUGCUUUUCCAGUUUGCACCAGUAGAAAGAUUUAAGUCGUUUGAAAAUACUUCAUGUUCCUGGAGUGGACUAUCUAGGAUUUUAAUAACUCUUCCUGGAGGAACUUUGUCUUCUGUUUUACAGCCACUGGAUUUUUUUUUUCUUUUAGGCUGAAUUUUAUUUUGUGCAUGAUGCAUUUUGCAGUUAUGAUCAGCUUGUUUUUGCCACUGGUUGAAGCCAAGUACCACGGUUCAUUCCCGGUUCAUCAGGGUCUCAGCCCGCACCAGGAGCAAGGGAAACCCACCAGCAGACACAAGAACCACUGUGCCUACGUCGUUGAGAAGACGGUGUCCUUCACCGUCCAGGAUGGGGCGGCGCCGUAUGUAAAGGCUGAAUACAACAAGUGCUCCUGGGCCAAAAGAUGCCCAACUCUCUUGUAUCGCCUGCUCUACAAGCCCAUGUAUAAAGUAGCACACAAAACCGUGACAGAACUGGAGUGGCGCUGUUGUCCUGGAUACUCGGGGUACAACUGCAUGGAGGGACAACAGAUUUACCAGCAUCCAAUGAGGAUGAUGCCACCAUUCAAGGGUCCACCAAUGAAAGGCCCGCAGUUUAGUGGGGCGCAGCACCAAGGGUCCAUGUUCAAAGGUCCAAUGUUCAAGGCUCCACCUAUUAAUCCGGCUGUGAAACCCAAUCCCUGGAGCCAAAUGAAACAACCUCCCUCCAACAGUUUUGGCUCCUACCCACUGUCUCACUUUGGGCCACCAAAGUCCUCCUCUUACCCCGACACGUCCUUUGAGCCUUACCCACCAGAAGCUCAGCCAGAACCAGAACACCAGGAGCCACAUCGUUCAGACAGUGACCAAGAGCAUGGAGAGGAAUAUGACCAAAGACCAGAGGAUGUCAUCCCAGAGGGAAUCCCUGCUCCACCCCCUGGAGACGAGCAGCCAGACGGGAAGAUCACAGGCCAAGCUCUGGACCAUGAGACAGAGGAGAGGAUAUUUCGAAUAGAGGAGGACAUGCGCCAUCUGAAUCACGGUCUGGAGACUCUCAGGGGAACUGUGAGCGGACUGGAGAGCAGCCUGAGAGUCUCGCUGAGAGAGGACGCCAACAGGAUGCUGUUAGCUUUGCUCUCCGCUGCUCCAAGCCCUCUCGCUGCUCCAGCCACAGCAUCUAAUCCACCCACUGUCGGGUUUGUGGAAAUUCCUGCCAGAGAUCUUGACAUGGACGGCUUAGAUGGCAGCCACGUGUUUUCAGGUCUCACAGAACUGAGUGGAAAGGUAGAAGAGCUGAAGAUGGAGCUGCAGGUCAAGGCGGCAGAACUGCAAGAGCUCAGAGCAACAGUGCAAGGACACGAUGGAGUCCUGAAGAUGAUUUCAAAUGGAGCUCAAGUGCCGCCAGACUCCACUGGCAAUCCUGGGAGCGGUAUUGAACGUUUGAUGAACGCUAAACUAAGCAAAGUCAGGGCAGAAAUUCUUGAUGAGUUUGAUAAACGUGUGGAGAGAGCAGAGAAACGCUGCGGGGAGAACGUUGGGGAGGAGCGCCACCAGUGCCAGAGAGAUCACCGUAAGCAGGAGGAGGAGAUGAGGGACGCAGGGGAAGAGAGGACAUCAACGCUGAGAACUGAGCUGGGGGACAUCCAGUCACAGCUCCAUGACUUCACAGACCCAGAGAGCUGCUGCAGCACCAUGACUGGACUGGCAGAAAGAGUUCAGCAUCUGGAAACGUCUGUGUCAAGUCUAAACCGGUCCCAGGGACACUUGGGAGUGGAGCUCAGUGCUCACAAGGACCACAUAGAGGGGAUGCUGGAGGGUCGUCUGGCAUAUGUGGAAGCCAAGCUCAACCUGACCGGACAAAUUAAAAGUGAUGAUCCUGAACAGAAGAGUGCAGACCAUGAUGUGACAGGCCUGGGUUUGGAGGCCAGGAUGGAGGGUAAGCUCAGAGACCUGGAGGGCCGCCUGCUGACAGCCUUGGAGGAGCUCAGUAACGCCACUGCCCCCGCUCUGCUGGAAGGUCACGCCGUUCCAACACUAGAGACGGAGCUGGAGUCCCUCCGAGGGAGACUUGAGCUAGAUGUGGACAGAGUGCAAAAACAUCUCAACAACCUGGAGCUUCUCUGCUCUUCGUCUUGUUCCUUGUCCCAGAAAUCUGCCACUCAGGGAGACUCUGCCGGGCCAGAUGAAAACCAAGAGGCGGAGCAGAACAUAAAGCAGGUGUUAGACUUACAAGGCGACCGUUUGACCAGUCUUAACUUUACACUGCAGGAGAUCUUAAAGACAACGGCCCUCAGGGAGAGGCUUGUGGAAGAGGAAAGAGAUUUUCCCGUUCAGGCAGAACUGACGGUCCUUAAGCUCAAUGUUCGUUCUGUCAACCACACCCUGAUGAGUCUCCAAGACUCCCUGGGCACAGUGGUCCAUCAGGUGGGAGAGGCCAACAGCUCCUGGCACGAAAGAGAGCUUCGUCUGGCUAAGCAGAUAAAGGGAGUGGUCCAGCUGGUCGGACAUCAGGCUUCCAUGCUUGGAGCGGGCGAGCGCAGGCUGACCCGACUCAAAGGUGAGCUGCAGGAGAUGAAGAGGCGCCUGGCGGACGAGGUCAGGGGUUGCCGCAGCACAGCCAUGGUGGUCAAAAAGGAGGUAACGGAGGUUGGAGGGCGUGUCGCCAGUGUGGAGGAUCAAUGCAAAGGCCUGAACUAUCUGGCAGAGGACCUGGAGAGGAUCCGGGAGGAGCUGGAGAAACAGUCCAAUAGUCUUCUUCUGCAAGUUAACGGGACUCUCUCCAGCCACGCCCAGCAGCUGUUUGAGCUGAAAGACGAGCUGAGAAACUGCACCUCACGGGCGGAGCCGGCCAAGAGCGUAGAGACGAGCGCACAGGUGAAACGAGGGGACACGUUCACUCCGAAUUAGGUCAGUUCAUAGGGAGAGCUGCUAUUUGAGGGGUAAAUAUUUUUUUGGCUGAAACCUAUAAACCUGCACUGAAAUUGAAGGGUUUUAGCUAUAUUAUGGUAUGCAGUAAAAAUAAAGAAGGCAGCUAACUGUGAUGGAAGUUAUGACAUGUUGAGAUCAAUUCAUAAAGGUGCUAUGACAAAUACUUUUUAUAAACAUUUAUAUAGGGUGAUUGAAUGAAGGAUGAGACGUGAAUCUGUGAGUGUGAAGCUAACCGUGUUUUUUAUACCGAUUUUUCUUAUGCCUAUAAAUAUGCAAGAUAUUUUGGACUGUUUUUAUGCCGUGGGUGUUUUUAAAAUGUAUCCCUAUUUGAACGUUUAGUUUUUCUCAGUUAUUUUGGUUUAACUUAAAAACGUAUCGAUUCUUCAAAUCCAAUAAAGAAGGUUUCCGGAG